UCAAGUUUUAAGUUGUCAAAAUUGUAUUUAAAAAUUAUAAAUUUUCACUUUUUGCUGUGGGGAAAGCAAGCUUCAAAACUGUUUUGAAAAUGUUGGAGCGACGCCGAAGAUCCCAGAUGAGACUGGAUCCCCUAUUACCCAUUCCAACUGGAACCACCACGAUGCGAAGGACACGUCGAGUGUGCGUAAAUAUCGAAGCUAAUGGCUCCGGGCCCCUUAGAUCUCGAAGAAGACGAAGAAGGGAGUUACUCAAUACUUUCUUCAUGACCUAUCCUCCAGCUUAUGACCCUAUGCAGCUGGGUCAUCCUUGGGGCUUUAAUUUCUGUCCUAAUGAAUUGCCUAAUGCUUAUGGAAAUUUAUUUGAUUUCCCUGACCGCUUAAAUGCGGGUGAGCAGUAUGAAUAUGAUACUCCUCCGACAGAAACUGGUCCCCAGACUGUUCAUGAACUCAAGGAUAUUUUUAUGGGGUUGGAUAAUUAUUUGCAAGCGGAAAAGAUCAAGCUGAUGGAGAAUAACCAAGAAAGGCCCAUUUCCAGUGAGAAUCACGAAGACGAAAAACUGAUUCCGAAGGAAAGCCAACUCUCAGUACUAACUGAUAUAAUGUGUGAAACCAUUGACAGGUUAAACAAUUACUUAGCUAAUCAAUCCCAGAAACAGGAGUGUCCGUCUGCUCUUAACCAAAUUAACCCGUUGGGGGGUAGAAUACCACCUGUCCAGGUUUUGCAGCUACCAGUGCAACCGAUGAUCCUACAAUCUUUGCCUCCUUGUCCACCGUGCAAUUAUUUUGCACCAUCUGAAUCCUGCUUACAAAAGAAAUCCUCUGAUCGCUUGCCUUGGUUAAAGGAGAGAAAACGUAAACGUCCCUCUAAGCCCGCUGCCUAUAUACACUUGCAGAAUCAGGGAAGCAGUACCGAUGAUUUGGAAAUGUUGCCAAAGAUCUUGGAGUCAUCAAAUUCGGCGGGUAAAACCGAGAAGUUUUCAGUUCCCCUGCAUUCUCAAAGUCAAGUGAUGAAGGACGCUGGCACAACUAUGUGCUGCUCUAUGGAAUGUUGUAGGGAAAGUUGCGGAACGCUCAGGAGUCGGGAACACCUGCCUCCUACUUCUAUGCAGAGAACUCUUCCAAAAGCUCCAAUUUUACCGUUUUCUCUGUUAACAACUGUUGGUUAUCCGCCACCGUGUGUCAAGGCUCCACCACCAAGUAUUAAAUCAGAGGACGAUUUGGAUGAUCAAGAAAGGUUCUAUAAUCCGACAGGUGAAUCCAUUGGCUCCCCUCAAGCAUCUAGUUACAGCUCGAGCUGUGAUUAUCGCCAUCAAGGGGGAAAUCUAAGAUACUCCUAUAUUGAAGAGGAGGAGGAGCAGGUGGAUGAGGAUGACUGGUAUCAAAGUGCUAGCAAUAAGUUAGCUGAGUUAGAAGUGGAGCAGGACUACUUUCAGCUAAUGCAAAAGCAAAGGCAAAUUACCAGUAAAGAUCUGGAGUCAACCAGUGAAAAUAGUUUUAUAAAUGUUAUAGCCACUACCGAUAAGGCACUAAGCACUACGGAACUAAAUACGCAAAAUGCCAGAGAGCCUAUGCAAAUUGAGAGGGUUUGCAAGAAGUCCUCCAUGAAACAGCCACUUGGGCUUAUAAAUGGCAGCCAAAAGAGAAAUAUUGCAGGCCAUCAUAAGGUCAUGUUUGAAAAAGUGAAACAAACGGAAGGUGUGCAAGCUCAACCAGAAAUGAGAACCAUUGGGACGGAUCCAAUUAGAAAUGAAUCCCUUUCCACAAUUUUUACAGAUCAGAAGGUAUUGAAGCCCAGAAGCAAGAGUACUCAGAAACGCUCUGUUAGGCGUAAAAGCGGAACGAUAUAUUAA